AGCUCUUUACCUAAGCCUUUGAAUGUAACUAGCAGGGCGUAGCUGGGGGGGGGGACAUUUGUCUCCGGGCGCCAAAUUGAUGUUAGGAAUUUUUAAAAUGAAAUGUUUUCCACUCCUGGGAAACAGGAGCGACGCGAGAUCUUCAGUUGUGUCCGGGCGGUAAAAACCCUAGCUACAGCUCUGGUAACUGGAGAAAUAAGAUGAAGUGAAAAACUCGGAUCCAGUGUUAAAGUUAAAAAAAUUCACUUUUAGAACUUUGAAAAUCUGUAGAAUUAGAGACAAGUAGGAGCCAUCAAUGUCAUUAUGAACGCUAUAUUUGCUAAAGAUAUUUCCUGCGCAUAUCUAGAUGGCACUAACAUGACCGCUAGAUGGCACUAACAUAGAUUUAUUAAAAUUUAUGGUAUCAUAAUUUGUGUUCGUCUACCGGCUUCGUACAGCAUAUUUAUGUAAAAUCUAGAGCUAUUGUGAUUGUGUGAAGGGUUAAAGAUUGAGCUGAAAAGAUGCAAUCUUGAACGUCGAUGUUCGUAAUCAUUGGUUUGACGCGUUUAAAUUUUUAUAUGAUCUUGUCGCAUUAUGGAAAAUGGUGGCAAUGCAGGAAGUAGUUCAACAUCUAGGAAUUAUCAGUUACCCUCAUUUUCUGACUGUCUUCCACCAGUUGCCGAUUACAUACAUGCAAUUAAAGCAGAUUCCAUUUCGACGCAAUGCUCAGAAAUUAUUGAUCACUUCAGCAUGGAGGUAGCUCAAGUUAUUGCUCCUAAAACAGUUGUUAAGGUAGUUGAAGAUUUAAGCCAUCAAAUUUGUAAAUAUCACUCCUUAGCUCUUACAAUUGGUACAAAUGUAGAUGGAGAAUCUUUAAGGCAAGAACUGCUUGAAAGACAGCAGAAGGCCUGUGAUACUGUACUCUCUACAACAACACAAUUGUCUGACGCCUUCAGGAGAGCAGACAGUAUCCCCAAAAAAGAAAUUGGUGACUUGGAGAGAUCAUGUAAAGUGCUAGUCGCUUGUAUUCACACAUUAGACCGAGAGCUGAGGAGGACAAUGCACCUUUAUCACUUGUUCCCUCUAGUACCUAAUGCAGAUGGUACAAGCGAGUGCCAUUUUAUUAGGACUGGAGUCAUUGAAAAAGUUGAAGCCAAAGAUAAAAGCUCAUUGGUUUUAUUUCAUUGUAAUCCUACUGAAAAAUAUUUUAGAGAAAGAGAUAGCUGGCAAGAACUUGAAAAUGAAAUUCUUAAAGUUCAUGACUUAGAUGUAGACCUCCAUCGAGAUGAAAUACUGGGUCCAGUUUUAGAUUACUUGACUUUAUGCCCAAUGGGUGAAAUACCAGGGAGCAGCAUUUCAUUAGAUGAUACCAGUGACGUACCUGAUGGAUAUUGUGAUGAAGAAACUCUUUUUAGAAAGAAAGGCAAUUUGUUUUGUUACAUUGCUUCUAUUCUAGCUGUGGCAUGUAUUGGAGGUGGAGUUUUGAUGGGUGUAAUUUUUAUGAUGGUACAGUGAUAUCUACUUACAUGCACUAAAUUUGUUUCAUUAUCCUAAUUGAAAUAUCAAUCCAAGAAACCAAAAAUCCGUCCAUCAUGGUUUUGUCAGAAGUAUAUAUUUUAUGUUUUUAGCUUCCCUCGUAGGUAAUAUUAUGAAAAAAACCAAGCUGUCUAACAAUAUACUUUCAAGGACAAUUUUAUGUGAAAGUUGUAAUAUUAUAUGGAUUUAAAAUUAACAUUUGUUAAACAAAUACCUAGAUUUGUUAUGAUUUACUAAGCUAAUACUUAGUGAUUUCUAUUAAAAUAGUAAUUAAUAAUUUUUUCAUUAGCUAUGUCCUUUUCCUGGCAGUGUUUAUUUUGGUUAUAAAGUUACUACCCUAAAUAAAUAUGUGCAUUCAAGCCUUGAAAAACAUGGAUUAGGGAGCUGACCCUCCUUGUUGUCAAAAAUUCACAUUACUUUCCCUAAAAACAUCUUAACUUCUAACAACUUUUUGUUGAUUAGGAAGCUGCAUUGUUAACUGUCAGUUAAUGCAUAUUUUCUAUGUCAAGUAUUACAUUUUAUUAUAAAGUGGACUGGAGAAAAGAAAUUUUCAGUAAGAAAAACCAUAUGGAAAAUAGGUUGUAAUCUAUUUAUUGAUAAAUAAUUCCAGAGCCUGAUUAUUAAUAUCAAAACUUGAUUUGUGCAAGAACAAUGAGGCAUAUGUUUCAGACCUCUAGAUCUUUUCAUAAUAUUUAAAAUAUGUAAAAAAAAAUUUUUCAAUUUUAGAUUUCAAAAUUAGGAGCAAGAACAAAAGUUAACAUUUUGUAUUUUAGUUUUUUUAUACUAUUUUUAAAAACUCAGACACUGUAUUGCACAUUCAUUGGUGACUGAUAUUAUUUAGAAAAGCCUUGAUAUGUAAACUAAUGACAGUUUGCCAACCAGUUUUAGGUAUUGUGUGGCUUUUGCCACCCAGAUGAUAUAUUGAUUAGGGGAGCCUGAUUGCGAUACUGAAGGGCCCAGGUUCAAAUCCCAGAAAAGGCAUGUAUGUACAAUUGUCUGUCCCUUCAUAGAAGGUAACAGUGGCUGCCUAUUAGGUGCCUCCAUAGUAAAAUGGCCACGACUUCUGGACUUAGGAGUGGCCAGUGCCGUAAUAGGCAAGUGUCCACCAUUGGGGGGGGGGAGAAUGUGGCCAUCAUAUGUGAAGCUCAUAAUGGCACAUAAAUUAAUAUGAGGAUCUUUUGAUUUUUUCCGUUAGCCAUAAAUUUAAUUGUUAAAUUACUAAAGUAUAACUGUAUCAUUUUGUUUCUGUAUCCAUAAUUUAAUUAUUUGAAACUUAUAAUGAAAUUGAUAAGAAUUUUGUAAUUCCCCCACCUCAUUUUUUUCCUAAAGGAAAGGAGGAGUAUAAGCUUACAUAAUGCAUAAUAAAUUAAAAUAUGAAAAUGAAACAUAUAGAAAGGUUAAAUGUAUUUUUUUAAGGAAUUAUUGUAAAAAAUAAUAAAUUUCAUGUAAUACUUUAUAUAGUAUGCAUUGAUAUUUGUAAAUUCCUUGGAAAGGUGGUUUUCAUAAAAGGUUUUGCUUUGUGACUUCAGUUUUGUAAAUUGCCCUUGUUUGCAUCUUUUACUUGAUGAAUUGUAUUCAGUAAUUUAAUGUUCCAGGUGGUUCUGAUUCACAGUUUGAAAGUUUGGUAUAAAAAGUGAAAUUUUUUCACGUACAGAAAGCAAAUUGAUAUGUACUUGGCUAAAUGUAAGAAGUUUUGCUAACAUUAAGGUAGUCAUUAUCUUGAAGAACUGUUAUGUUUCUGGUUUAGCUCAUGGGUAUUUUGUUUAAAUGUGAAUUGUUUGAUUCUUGAGAAUAUAAAAUAAUUUAUAAUAAAUUAUGGUGUUUACUAUUUUGAGGUAUAUGAAAUAAAUUAAAAUUAGAAGUUUAAAUUUUCAGUAGAAUUAAAAGAAUUUUGGGAGAAAUUUGAGAAAAUUUCUUUUCUGGUUUAAUAUACAUUUUGUCUUUAUGCUGCCUUUAUUUUCAGAACUUUUGGUCAUAAACAAAAUGUAGUUUCUUGAAUUCCAAAUUUGGUCUUUUUUAACCUUCAAAUGCAUUUUGGCUGUUGUUAAAAAAAUGCAAUAUAUGUCAUUUUCAUAUGCAUACUAAAUUGCACUGUAAUAUAACCAAUCUUAAAGUAAAAAAUAUACAAUCAUAAAUUGGUUGAAAUAACAAAUCACAGAUCAAAUACUACAUGAUCAUGAAAGACACAACAAUGAGCACAAGUAUACUUUCAUAUAUCUGCUAACUUUUUUUUUUUUUUUUUGUAAUUUUCACAAAAACUUCUCUAGUUUUAUCACACAUGAAAUUGAUUUUUCACAAAUUUUGUGUCAUCUUAAAUUGUGCCAG